ACGCGUUCCUGGUUGCCUGUCCCCGGAAAUGACGCUAAAGGCCCGCCCCUGAGGAAGUGACGGCAGGAGUGCCCUUGACGGGCGGGGAGGGCCGGGCUGUGCUUCCUCCGCUCAAGCUGCAGGGAGAUGGCUCAGCGAGUUCUCCUGGGGAGGUUCCUGGCCUCAGUCAUCUCCAGGAAGCCCCCUCAGGGCCACUGGGCACCCCUCACCUCAAGGGCCCUACAGAUCCCACAGGGCCAUCCUGGUGGCCUGGCAACAACACCCAGCCCAGCCCGAACAAUACACACCACCAGAGUCUGUACCACAACCUUUAACAUCCAGGAUGGGCCUGACUUUCAAGACCGAGUUGUCAACAGUGAAACACCAGUGGUUGUGGAUUUCCAUGCACAGUGGUGUGGCCCCUGCAAGAUCCUAGGGCCGAGGUUAGAGAAGAUGGUGGCCAAGCAGCAUGGGAAGGUCGUGAUGGCCAAGGUGGACAUUGAUGACCACACAGAUCUCGCCAUUGAGUAUGAGGUAUCUGCCGUGCCCACCGUGCUGGCCAUCAAGAAUGGGGAUGUGGUGGACAAGUUUGUGGGCAUCAAGGACGAGGACCAGCUGGAGGCCUUCCUGAAGAAGCUGAUUGGCUGACAAGCAGGGAAGUGUCCCGACUGCCCUUGCCC